AAAACACAAAGAUCCGUUUCUGGAACCUCAUUUACCUUAGUUAAGUAUGAGCUCCAACAGAGUCCGAAUGGCUUGAGUACUUGUCGUCAAUCACCUGCAGAGGUAAAAACAGCUUUGACUUAUUGCUCAAAAGAACUUUGGAGGGAAGAAGCUAUUCCCCUUUUAAUGAUGGAUGAAGAGUGAAUGGAAUAUAGCUACAAGAUGAAUAAGUAGUCCAAUUUAUUUUCAGGCAUCUAUUAAAUAUCACAAUCUGAAUGAUUUUUUUCAAAUCAGUGGAUAGCGGGUUCCCAGUGCCGAUUCCGACACUGUGAAGAGGCCCUUGGCAGUGACACUGUGUGCUCAUUAUGGAGAGAAGGAAAAUGUUUAGAUCCACUUUGCAGAUUUAGACACAUGGAAAUGCAGCAAAACUGCAGCAUUUCAUGCUUCUGGGAAACUCAGCCUCUUGGUUGUGUGAAGAUCAGUUGUAUCUUUUAUCACAGCAAACCUCGAAAUAUCAAUGGAUUAUUUUUGCCACCAAGUAGCAAUAUCACACCGCAGAAAGAAACUCAGGAAGGCAUUCCACCCCCAACCCAGAGUCAGGAACCUCUGAAACCUCAGGAGAAUAUAUCACGACCCAUUCACCAUCCCUUAGUUUUAAAAACAAACUUUGAGGAAGAAGAGGAGGAAGAAGAUGAACAAAAUGAUGCUUCUAGUUUAUGGACAAAGACUCCUGAAGAAAUUGAAGAAAAAAGAGCAAUAAAGGAGAUGUGUUAUAAAUCUGGUGAAUACUACAGAUUUCAUACUCCUCCAGAUAUUUUAUCAUCUAAAAGCAUAGCCUGUACAGUGGAAAAAGAGUUAGAAAAGCCUUUGGAAAAUGGAAGUGAAUUGCAGGAAGGGGACAGUCUGACAGUUCCAACAAAAUUCAGCCUAUUUGAAAGGCAAGGUGAGAUAAAAGCAUCACUGGAUAGGAAAGCAAGGACUGACACUGCUGCUUUUGAAAAUGGAGGAGGUGACUGCUACAUUCCACAGAGGAUCAUAUUUCCUGGAGUAGAUGAAAAUGAAACUUUAACUGAAGAGAAAGAAAUCACGAUGUCAAAAUGUUCAAAUGCUAAAGAUAACAAGGACAGUCCUCAUCCAAAGCGUUCCCUAACUACCCGACUAGUACCUACAAUGCAUGUAUUAAAUGCUACUGAGAAUAUCAGUAUGAAGUGCAGAGAGGACCCUUCUUCAAUAAAUGAUGUCCAGCCAGUGAGGAAGCCUCAUUUUAAAGGCCUGAAAAAAAGAAAAUGGAUUUAUGAUGAACCAAAGAACUUUCCUGGACCAGAAAUGCAGAGAGCAGUACAGUCUCCAAAUCCCAAAAAUAAAAUGAGUUACCAUCGCAAUAAUAAAAACAGAAACUCUGAGAAUGCCUCCUAUAUCCAUGGUCAGAGAGAUGCUGUCAGAACUGUCUCAGUGAAUGCACCUCCCCGCAGCAGGCCCACAAACGGGUCCUACAAUAAAGUUGAUGUUAACAAGGAACCCAAAUUCAACCUCUGUUCAGAUAAAUAUAUGUCAACAUCAUAUAAUGGUUCAGCCUGGCAAAAAAGAAUUCCUUUUUCAAAAACAUAUUCAAAAACUGAAAAGAUAUAUUCAGAGCCAAGAAGAAAUGGGAGGAAGUAAACCUGGAGGUUGAAAAAUGAGAAAAGAG